AAGAGAUAAUGGAGAGAAGUCACGAGUGAAUAAUCCAAACUUGCCAAAGUUAUUCCAGAAUCUGAAGUCACUGAGCAGGCCAGGGAUUGAGUUAGGAAAUGACAUGCGGGGGAAGAGCAGAACUUGACAGUAUUUCACAGCAAAGAUGGUAAACAAGGAGAGUGUGAUUUCAUGUGAAAUAUUAGACUCAACGUUACCAACGUAUGUGCGGAAAAUCCGGAGGCAAUCUGUGAUAUCCAAGAGUUUGGCAUCUGCUUUCCCCACCAGGAGGUUUUGUAGCCAAGGGGCUUGUGGAGGAAGAAUUUUUCAUUGCAUGGUCUCCUGCCUCUCCCUGACUAUGUUCAAAGUGUAUUUUGUAAAAGCCCUUUUGUUCUGCUCAGUGUCACAUACUCACUCUCAGAUGAGGCAGACUGGCUAAUUAAGUCGUGAAGAGCCUCUGGUCCCAGAUUGCUGUGCAGAUAGAGUAGUUUAAAGGGAUAAGAAUUUUGAUUUUCCUUUGAAAAAAGAAGUUUAGAAACAUAGUACAGGUGUAGGAACACCAAAACACAAGAUGUCAGUGCGGCAGUGUCUUUAUGAAUUAUUAUGCACUGUAGGAGAGCAUCACCUAUUUAAAGUGUGCAAAAACUAGGGAAAACAAUGGGAUCAAGGAUAAGGAAAAAGAGGAACUUAGAGGCAACAAAAAGGGAGUCAGAAAAGGUCUAGACCUUGUCAAAGCAUAACACUACCAUGACUUCAUCUCUCUGAUGAAAAUUCCACAUAGUACAAAACUACAAACUCCCCACAGACAAGUCACUGGACACGUGGGAAGAGUGGAUGAUUUACACUUCAAGCUUGAGAGUGUGGCUUGAGGGACCCUCCAGGUCAGCUGUCCCAAACAACCUCUGCCCCUGCAGCUCACCAGCACUCUAGGGGAUGUGAUGGUUUACUAUCCUCCUAUCAGGUUGCCUCUAUAAUUAGUAGAGAAGUGUAAUGACUAAUUAAAAAUGUGAUUUUAUGUGUUGACUGCCAUAGACCCUAAUCUUUCCUUGGUCUGCCUGCAGCACUCCUGUCCUGUGCUGCACCUGAAUCCCUGCCUGUGCGGGGACAUCUCUGAUGAGGCUGUAAGAACUCCAGACAACAGCUCAGAUUGCAUCUCCUGAGCAGCUUUGCUGGCACCACAUUUGUAAUCUCACAUAUGACAAGUGUGGAGUCUCCUGUUGUGAACUACCUUUACAAGAGCUCUAAGACAAAUCACACGCUUGAAAGGCCAGGUAAUCCUGUCACUAAUCCACCUGGGACAGGACAGCAAGGACAUCAAGCCUAUUGUUGAUGUUAUCUGACAAGUUCUGUCGCUGACUGGGGUAUCAUUGUCACAGUUCAAGAGCUUCUGCUUUGCCAGCUGCUCUACCUCUUGCUGCAUUGAACCAGCUCAAGUCUUACCAGUACCUUGCCUUGCAGCUCAGAGGCAAAUGAGCACUGGAACUGCUGGGGACAACCUGAUCUCAACCUUAUCUCACUGAGGUGAGAUAAGGUGUGUGCACACACCUGUCUGCUGGUUUUCUGGCACCUGCUUCAGUACAGACACUGACUUCUUUCCGGAUACUUUGCAUUUACAUAUCAAUUAUGGCUUCUGAAGUCAGGACCCAGGAAUGUGCUAUGUGUGUCUGUAACUGCUGCAGCUUUCUUUAGGCUUAGAAACUAAAUGUAGCAUUGGGUGGGGCUUAAUGAGUCAAAAUUUCUCUGUUACUGGUCCCUGGACUGGUACAGUGUGCAAAUGAAGCUAAGUGCGAUGCCUGUGGCAUGAGUGUCCAUAUCAGCACUGGUGUAACUGCUACCACAAAUGUGACUCUGCUGUAAUGAUUUUAAUGAAAUAAACCCAUUUUGUACAAAAAUUAAAUAUAGUUUAUCAGUGUUGAUAAACUCAGCCGAUGUUGGAAAGUACACAGCACAGACUGCCAAGGCCAAUAUGUCCUGCUUUCUGGAAAAAAUAUCAAUUUUCAAGCAAUACUGAGCUAAUAGUAUUCUCCAGGCUCUUUUGUCUCUGAUAAUCUCCUGCCAGUUAACUUUGGGUGCAAUUCCAGAGACGUGUAAUCACUAAAAUUUUGCCCUUUUUCUAUGGCUAUGAGAAAAAUAAAUGAGAGGGACUCUACAAAAUAUAAAAAACAUCCUUCCCCCACCUUUUAACCUUCAUUUUUUUCCCAUAUCACACAAGGUCCCUCAGGCUAAAGUUCAUCUCACUGCAGUCUUGCUCCAAUACUCAUAAUUCUUUGAUGAUUUGAGAUACUUUGUGAUUCUGGCUGGCCUGAACUGUUUGUCCUUUUUAAUCCUGGAUGCCAGGCACUGCAGCAAGACACAUAAUUCAGCUGUAAGAGACCAUGGCACGUGCUCUGAACAAGGACCAGAAACUGCUGGUGUCUGCAUCUCUUGUGACAGCAAUUCCUAAGGCAUUUUUGGGGUCAGAAGGACCUCAAUCUAUUUUGUGUGAAGGGGUUUUUGUUGUCACACAGACUAAGCAGUCCCUCAAAGUACUAUUCAAACUUUCUCCAAGCUAGCAAAACCACUCAGACUCCAUAAAUCAAGAACUAUAGGAAUGAAAUAAUGUUUUAAAUUCCUGGGAGAGAGGAAAGUGUAUCCUGCAGACACCUCAUCACUUGGGAACUGGAGUCUGCAAAUAUUUUGUCUAAGCAAAUUCAGCAGCCAGAGGAUGGUCAAGUUUCAAAGGAUCUAUAGAGAUCCUAGUCCAUCCCCCUCCAACAAGGUAAUACAAAUAAAAUUUGUUGCUGUCAUCCUUGGGAGAUGUGUGUCUAAAAAGUUCCUGAAGAGCCCGGUGGAGCAUGCAGGACAUGGGAGCCUUUAAGGAAUGUGCCAGGCUGGAGGCUGAAGGCCCUGUUAGAUGUCACAGCCCUCAAGUUCACUGCUCAGCUGUGUCAGUGCCAGGGAUGACUCACUCUCCUGCUGACCCAACAUGGAGCAGUGCCAGUCCUCCUGCAGAGCAAUCAUACUAAUUAAUCCUCCCAAGGAGUGCAGAUAAUUGAGUGGCUUCUUCACAUGCAGAUUCCUUUGGUUUCUAUUUGUCCAGGCCUCUGUAAUCUCUCUGGGUCCUGAUUUAGGACCCCCCUCCACAGUGAAAUAUCCUGGAGAAUUUUUCAAACUUUUGGAGCAACGCACACAGACGAUGGAUUACAGGAUUCUCCAUCACUUGGGAUCCCUGAAUGAGUCAUGGACGUCUUUAUAAAAAGCAUAAUCCAGUCCAGCCCUUGGGCUGACUCCUGGUACAGGAUACAGUGGGUGAGGUUUGACAUUUGUGUUAUGUGGGAGGUAUGUGAGCAUCUCCAGUUCUUGGGAUUCAGCUCCCCAGCGCAGCCUUUCAACCACCUUUCCCUUCAUUUCUCUCACAGGGAAAAACAAAAUGCAGGACCUUGCCAGACCUGCCUUGCCAUGCCAGAGAUCGGGAAUGCUGAGCUCAGCUACAGUGGCACUUCCUGGGAAAAAAUCUGCCCAGUCCAUCACUGCCCCAUUCCUGCAUCCCCCGGGCCGGGGGAAGACAACUUGCCCUCCUCCAGCCACACGCUUGGGCCAGGCUCCACGCAGUCCAAUGGCCAGGUGCCGUCCAGCUCACAGGACUCACAGCAGCACCACCCAUAUUACCCCUGCAACCAGGAGGAGUCCCGAGGCAGCUACGGCCUGCCCUCGCUCCCUGGGCAUGGUGAGAGGCCCGUGCUGUGUUCCCACCUUUCCAGUGGUGAUCUUGUGCCAGCUUCCCACCACGAGGCCUCGGAAAUGCCCUGGAAGCAGUGGUCCCCCGGGCAGCGGCGGCCGGUGCAACAUCACGUUGUCACAGUCAGACAUGACAAAGCUUUCAGGAUGCCAAAAAGUUACUCGCAGCUGAUGGCCGAGUGGCCGCUGGCCGUGCUGGUGCUGUGCUCCGCGGUGGCAGCGAUCUGCACCGUGGCUGGGCUGCUGGUUGGGAACCUGCCUGACUUUUCAGAACCCCUAAUGGGUUUCGAGCCACGGGACACUGACAUUGGCAGGAAGCUCAUUGUGUGGAGGAAUAUCGAGAGCCACACAGGCUACAAGAAGACCCUUUCCCUUUCUCCCUACGCCAAGAAGAAAAGCUAUGAUGACCUUGGCAUUGGCAGAGGACAGAAGGUUGCUCAGGGAGAACAAGCAGCGAGGACACGGAGAAUGGUGGAAACCAUCUAUGGAGCAGAUGGAUUCUUCUGUGGUCCCCCAGAAAAGAGCUAUUCCCAGCUGGUAUUUAUGUCCACAACUGCUGGGAGCUUAUGGAACUUGCAAGCAAUUCAGUCUAUGUGUCAAAUGGAACAAGACAAGGUCAGUGAUGGCAGGAAGAACACAUGUACAGGCUGUCUCUUUUCUGUCUGCUGCAGUCUUUGAUGUCUUGCUGAGAGGAUGCCAGACAAAAAAACAAUGUAAGCUAUACAAGAAGUUUCACCUGGAGGAUUCCGAAACAUUUCACUGACUUGGCAAUAUAGGGAUAAUCCCACCUGCCAGUUGCAAAUUAAACAAGAAUAAAUGGCAACUGAACAGGAGCUGGUACAGAAGCCAAAGGUGUCCAUCAGAAGCUGCUGAGGAUUUGAUGUAGCAAAACAUAAUUAUGGAAGUGGAGCUACUAGCUUGGAGACUGGUGGCAAGUUUUACAAGUGGGAAGCUUAAUUGGAUGAGCUGCAUUUGCCAUAGAAGCCAAAAUUUCAAAUCUGUGUUUAUAAAAUAUAAAUAAUGAACAGGGUUUAAUUUUUACUAAAGUCUACCAACUUUCCAUAGCAUUGGUGUUUGGGAUUUGUCACUGGGAGGAUGGCCAGGGAUGGGUGGUACACCAAGGGGAAAGGAGGAGACUCGA